AUGGCGCGCUGGAUGCUGAUACUGGUUACUUGCGUCUGCAUCGUAAUAAGAUGCAAGCCAACUGGCAUCAGUGGUCACACUGUUGGAAUUGCUUGUUUCUCACUCUUCAAAGAUAGAAUAUACAACUUCUAUAAUACUGGUGGUCCUGAUCCAAGCAUGAGCCCAUGGCUAUUGGCUGAAUUAAAGGAUAAAUAUCCUAGAAUUUCAUUAAUAUUUGAUAACACUUAUCCUCUUGAUGUAAAGAUUCCAUCUUUGGUAGAUAAUUCAUAUUUUCAAGAAAUUAAAAAGGGAAACGGGGUUCUUCAAAUUGAUCAACAAAUAGCAUUGGAUGAAUUGACAAAGAAUAUUGUGGAUGAUAUUGUUAAUGAUCCUGAUUUUAACACUAAGUUUGGUGAGGCCAUGUAG